UUCUGUACUGUUAGUAUCCUCCAGCGCCUCACCUAGCAAGUAUUUAUUAAAUAAUCACUAAUCAAACUGCAGAUCUUAUGUAUUUUCCCUCAUCCACAACAUUAUUGUUUGGUUUAAAACAGUCAACAUUUAACUUUUACAUUUAAAAUUCAAUCCAUUUCCUGAUGUGCCUAAAUGGUCAGUAGGCUAAUAUGCCUUCUACCCAAGAUAUGACGGAACAUUCAUUAACUGCUGUGCUUUUUUGUCUUUUAAAAACGAGUGAGAAUAUUGAUGGGCACUAAAAAAAAAUUGGUGUACAGUUUUAUUUUUAAAAUCCAUACAGGAAUUGGUGUGUGUUUCCGCUCGCUGCCUUGCCACAGGUUGCAGACAGAGCGAGUGUAGUUUGUAACAGUGAAGUGAUCAUUUGGGCUACAUGCAGAACACAGUCUGAUACUCUCCGUGCUGCAGGAGGCUCUCUAAUAUCUCACAUCUGCAGGGAGGACGGGGAGGAAGAAAAGCUUCAUGUUUUCCUCGCGACAUUAAACGUGGAUAACCAUCGCGGUGUCUCUCGUGCUCCUCAACAAAGCGGCAGGAACCAGAUGCGGACUGGACUUUCUCUACGACUUCACGGGUAGAGGAUCAGCGGCAUGCUCACUGUGGGUUAAACUGCACAGCUACAGGCCUCGCGGAACAUCUGGAGAAGCACCACCGGACCACUGUGUGAAGGAGUACCGGCUGUUAGUACAGGAGGAGCGGAGACAUGCAUCGUCAGGAGGACUGAGCCUCCCCCGCCCGGAACAUGGGAGAGCGAAGCAGGGUCUGGCAGCCAUGAAGCCCUGCUGCGUUGAGCUGGGAGCAUCUGCAACCCUGGCCCCGUUUUCAGCGUGAGCCCCGCAGCGAUGCCUACCCCCCCCGGGGAGGAAUGGUUCACUCCACUGCUGCUCCCCCUCCACAGGCCGGGGACGUUACCCCCCGUCUCUGCUGCCUUGUUACGGGGCUGCUGAAGCUACCAGAGAGGACGUCAAUGGAGAACAUCUCCAUGGGCUCCCGCUCACCCCCCGACCCGAUCACACCCACAGCGGGGGCCCCGGAGAGCCUGCAGGGCGUGAGCCUCCCUCUGCAGGUGUUCUUCUGCUUGGCCAUGGCGGCCAUCCUGCUGCUGGCUCUGCUGGGGAACGUGGUGGUGUGCCUGAUGGUUUACCAGAGGUCGGCCAUGCGCUCGGCCAUCAACAUCCUGCUGGCCAGCCUGGCGUUCGCCGACAUGAUGCUGGCCAUCCUCAACAUGCCCUUCGCUCUGGUUACCGUGGUGACCACUCAGUGGAUUUUCGGGGACGUUUUCUGCCGCGUGUCCGCCAUGCUCUUCUGGCUCUUUGUGAUGGAGGGCGUGGCCAUACUGCUUAUAAUAAGCAUAGACAGGUUUCUGAUUAUUGUCCAGAAGCAAGACAAGCUGAGCCCCCAGAGAGCCAAGGUGCUCAUCGUGGUCACAUGGGGGCUCUCCUUCAUCGUCUCCUUCCCCCUGGCUGUUGGUUCCCCUCCACUCCACGUCCCCCCCAGGGCCCCUCAGUGUGUGUUUGGCUAUAGCCUGGAGCCUGGGUACCACACCUACGUGCUGAUGCUGAUGCUGGUCUUCUUCUUCCUGCCUUUCAUGGUCAUGCUGUACACAUUUAUGGGGAUCCUGAACACCAUCCGCCACAACGCCAUCCGCAUCCACAGCCACCCGGACAGCAUCUGCCUGAGCCAGGCCAGCAAACUGGGCCUGCUGAGCCUGCAGAGGCCCUUCCAGAUGAACAUCGACAUGAGCUUCAAGACCCGUGCCUUCACCACCAUCCUCAUCCUCUUCUCUGUGUUCACGGUGUGCUGGGCCCCCUUCACCGCCUACAGUCUGGUAGCUACCUUCAGCGAUGGCUUCUACCACAAAGACAGUUUCUUUCAAAUUAGCACGUGGGUCCUGUGGUUGUGCUACCUCAAGUCGGCCCUCAACCCUCUAAUUUACUACUGGCGGAUCAAGAAGUUCCGUGACGCCUGCCUGGACCUGAUGCCCAAGUACUUCAAGUUUCUUCCUCAGCUGCCAGGCAACACCAAGAGGCGCAUCCAGCCCAGCGCCGUGUACGUGUGCGGAGAGCACCGCGCUGUGGUCUGAAGGGAAUGAUCACAACGUCCUAACACUGUAGCGUGCAGCGGGGGGCAGCUCUGCUGUUUGGAGGUUCACUUCUAUUGGCAUCAUGUGACAGAAUGAAAUCAGCACUGCGUUAAAUAAAGGAAAGAGUUUUAUGAUCCGUGGAUACAGGGAGCAGAGAGGAAAGGAAAAGCAAGCGUUUGUUUUAAGGAUCAUCAGUUGACCCCUGUGCGCUGUGUUAUACUGUGUUAUACUUAGAUCUUUUAUGGAAAAGGGCAAGGUUUUAUUUAAAUGAUUCUGAUACAUUACAUUAGUGCCGAAACAACGAUAUGUUCUUAAACUGAGGAAUAUAAAUACACUAUUUUAAAAACUUUUUUUUAUUCGAUCUGUGAAGCCAAACUUGUCAAAUUCAAAAUAGCAUCUGAAAAACUAAAAACGUAUAAAGUAAAGCAUAAAAUUGGCAGAAUAUCUGUUCACUCACUGAAUGAUCGUGUAUUCGCUGUUAUUGCUCGUUGAUUGGGCGGCACACUGCAUUGAAACCCCUCACAGUACAGAGAUCAUCUAAAGGUAAUAUGGAAGACAUUUCUGCGUCCGAUCAGAGCUUCUUCAUCACUGCUGAAUCAUCUUCAUUUUUCAGCUCAGGGUCAUCAGGCCUUUGCUUCACAUUUUGCAUUUCACAUAACUGUAUCAGGUUAGAUGAAAGCAAUAAUAUUAACUUUAAAUAAGUUCAACUUAAUAUUAUUGCUUCCACUAACCUGAUACAGUUAUGUGAAAUCUGUGGACAUAAUACAAGUGAUUCAUUUGCAUUCACUCAUUCACAUAGUAGCAUAUAUUUUAGUUGCUACAGUUUAGUGAGGAGAGUCUUAUAUGGAGAAGCAACAACGGAGCAGACACAUCUGUCUUCUGUUACUGUAGAUAAACAACUAUAUAUUUUAUAGAAGAGAUGGACGCAUGUAGGGCCUGGUACCCAGUACAAACAAAUAGUCUUUACUCAACAUGUUCAAUUUGGCUUACAAUCAGCACCAUACACAACUUUUGCCCAAAAAUUGAUCCAAUGACUAUCAACUAUCCAAUAAACAAGAAUAAUGGACUGUUUAAAUAUUUCAAUGGCAUCUUUUGAUACUUGACAGGUUUUGAUACUUGGUUUUCCCAGCACACACUGCUCUGGGUACAGAGUGUGUGUAAGUGUGCUCAGCUAAAAGAGGUUUCCUGCUGGAUCCACCCUGUCGCUCUGAUGCUCUCUGCCUGACCAAACACACUCUUUCUCUGACGGGGAUGUUAUGUCAUUCUGGGUAACAAAAAGAACAUUUGAAGUGAAGUAGUGGACUGAAGGAACUAAUGAACACACUUGCACUGAAUUGCACACACUGUGUUAAAGAUGGGUGAAUUUUCUCUUUAUGAUUGCUCUGAAAAGACGGCGCUGCUGGGUUUGACUUGACCAUAAGUCUUUUCUUGUCACUUGAAUCACGAGUCAUGGAGAGCACAGUGUGUGUUUAGCUGCGUAGAACUUGUUUUAUGAGGCAUGUAAAUGAAAAGCUUAAUUUGAUAUUGAGUACGGUCAGAAAGUGUCCGUGACACAUCUGGAUGUGUGUGUUCCUAUCUAAAUGUUUUUGAUGUGCCUAUUGAUUAGUCCAUUUGCCAGUCAGAAUGCUGCUAUAUCUGGUGACAAUGUGCAAUUUCAGUGUACUGUACUGUUGAAUGUAAUAAAGAAAUAGACAUUUCUUACCUUGGUAAA